AUACUAAACACAAGCGUUUCCAGCGAUGAUCUCAACUCACAAACCAAAGAGAUUGAAGACAUACUGAUCGACAACGAGUACGACAACAGCAACGGAUCCGUCACGUCAUUGGCGGUGCGGACAGUGUUUCCCAUAUUUCAACACAUGAUUGAAUUCAAAGUGUUUAACGACUUAGAGCUGAACCGACUGCUGGAACUGUUCACAGCGACCAACAUCUUUGUCACCGGACCUCUCUAUCCAUGGAUUAAGACCGAGAUCACCGACAUCUCCCAAUUGUCACCCUUUAUGCCCAACUUCUUAAUCAAUAGUAUUAAGACAACCAUUCAUUUUGCUAAAAAUUUAAGCUCAUGUCAAGAGUUAUACGGAGACGACAGGAAAUAUCUGGUUAAGUACGGCUACUCUGAUGUGCGAACAAUGAGAUCGUUGUUUUACUAUAAUUUUGAACAACAGUAUUGGACAGUCAAUACCCAUCAUCAAACGGCGAUCAUAAUGCCGUUGAAGGUGUUUGAAAUCCGGGGCGAAUACUAUCACAGAUUGAAGGCAUUCUAUGACACAUUGGACACUGAAUGGGAUAGGGAUCAUGUGGUGUUGGAUUUGCUGACUGCAAUCGCAUUUUUCAAUCCCAAUCGGCCUAAACUCUACCGCAAAGAAAUUGUUAAAUUUCAACAGUAUAUAUACAUGUAUUUACUUCAACGGUAUUUACUAAUAAAAUGCGGUUCAGAGACAGAAUCGCAGGAAAGGUUCGCUAAACUGAUGGCAAAUAUGAAUGAAUUGGAAAUAAUGGGUGAAUUGCGGCGAAAAUACGGUUACAAAGAGCGCAAAAAGCCGACAUUUCGGUGCAAUUACUUGCGAUUCGUGUAAAUCAUUUUUUAGGAGAACUGCAAAUGUAAAACAGUUAUUUGAAUGUCCAUCUGAUGGCAGAUGUAAUAUAACGGCCGAUACGAGAAAGUCGUGUCAAAAAUGUAGACUUAAAAAGUGUUUUGACGCCGGAAUGAGAAAAGAGUUAAUCAAAACUGCAUAUAAAACUAAAAAUACAAAACAAUUUGAAAACAAACAAAAUAUUCAUC